ACAACACCAGGACCAGGACCAAGGCUAGGACCAAGGCUAGGCGAGAGGCUGCAGGGAAGGAGGAGACGAGGCAGAUAGAGAGUGAGAGAGAGAGCAUGGAGGCGAUCAAUGGCCAACAGGCAUCCAGUGCUCCUGAAGCGACGACCACGACUGCGACGACUCCAGCAGCGUCAGCAACACGCGUCACACCUCUCACCUGCUCCGGCCAUACAAGGCCCGUCACUCAUCUCCAUUUCGCAGAGAAUGUCUUCAUCACCGCCUGCAAGGAUGGCAAUCCCAUGCUCAGAGACGGCACCACGGGUGAUUGGAUCGGUACAUUCAUGGGACACAAGGGCGCGACUUGGAGUGCAAAACUCUCAAAAGACGCAUCCCUCGCCGUUACUGGUUCUGCAGACUUUUCGGCAAAAGUCUGGGAUACCUACAAAGGUACAGCCAUGCAUACCUAUGCACACAACCAUAUUGUCCGCUCGGUUGAUUUCAAUGCAGCUGCGACACAGAUCCUGACGGGCGGACAGGAGAAGAAAGUACGCGUCUUUGAUCUACGCUCAGAAGACGCCGUGUGCGAGUUAGCAGGACACACAGGCAAUAUCCGCAGUGUUGUAUGGGAUAAACGGAAAGAAGCAGGGGGACAUAUUGUCUUGUCUGCAGGCGACGACAAGAUUGUCAGAUUCUGGGAUUUACGAGCACAAAAAGAAGUCGCUACCUGGCAGGCAAAAGAUCAGGCUGCUAUUACUUCAUUGGAAAUGGCAGAAGGCUACAUCACCUCUACAGCUGGCAAGAAUGUCUACUUUCUGGAUCCAAAUACACACGAAACAGCCAAAUGCGUUGAGACUGCGUAUGAUGUGUCUGCGGUCUCGCUCAACCCGCAACGGACACGCUUUGUGACGGGUGGAUCGUCUGAAUUGUGGGUCAGGGUGUAUGACUUUGCAUCGGGAGAGGAGCUUGAAGUCUACAAGGGUCAUCAUGGGCCCAUCCACACUGUGAGCUAUAGUCCCGAUGGUGGACUUUAUGCCACAGGCAGUGAGGAUGGUACAGUGAGGCUAUGGAAAGCAGUCGAUGGUCCUUAUGGUCUCUGGAACUGAUCUGCUCUCUGUCCCUGCUCAUCACUCACUCAUCAGGCCCCAAGUCCUGCUCCUGCAUCGUCCAUCAUUUUUGUUUGUCCCCAAGUUGCAGCACAUACUCAUACCACUACAUCCCCAGGCAUCAGCUGUAGCUACUCUGCAUUACAUAUCUACUCAUUGACCUUUCCUAG